AGCGGAGCGAGAGGAGCGGCGCGGCCGGAGAGAGAGAGCGCCCAAGCUCAGCGAGACUUGAGAACGUCAGCCGCAGCUCGACGCCGUGCCUUGAGCCGUCGGGGCUGAAUCUGCUCGCCCGUCGGCGUGCCCGUGCGGGGCUACGGCAGUGCACGGCUUCUGCCGAGCCAGGCACAGAAAAUGGGUAAUAACUGAAGACUACCUCUCAGCAGGAAAGUGAGAUCAGAUUGGCAACAAAUGGCAUGACUGAAGACAAAAAGCCAGCUUCAGCACAAGGUUUGAUCUUCACAUUUUUUCCCUGAAACAAGGCCACAGCAGAAGAGAUCAAGAUGGUCCCAAACUAUUCUACUGAAGAAACUGUUAAGAGAAUUCACGUUGACUGUCCUGUUUCAGGAAGGCACAGUUACAUCUACAUUAUGGUUCCAACUGUUUACAGUAUCAUCUUCAUCAUAGGCAUAUUUGGGAACAGCCUGGUCGUUAUUGUCAUUUACUGCUAUAUGAAAUUAAAAACAGUGGCCAGCAUCUUUCUACUAAACCUGGCACUGGCUGAUCUGUGCUUUUUAAUAACUCUGCCACUCUGGGCAGCCUACACGGCCAUGGAGUACCAGUGGCCUUUUGGCAACUGUUUAUGCAAGCUAGCAUCAGCAGGAAUAAGUUUCAAUUUGUAUGCCAGCGUGUUCCUACUCACAUGCCUUAGUAUCGACCGCUAUCUGGCCAUAGUACAUCCAGUGAAGUCACGAAUCCGGCGUACCAUGUUUGUUGCCAGAGUAACCUGCAUUGUCAUCUGGCUCCUUGCUGGUGUGGCCAGUUUACCUGUCAUCAUUCACCGUAAUAUAUUUUUCGCAGAGAACUUGAACAUGACAGUCUGUGGCUUUCGAUAUGACAACAAUAACACAACAUUGAGGGUUGGGUUAGGUUUAUCCAAGAACUUACUGGGAUUUUUAAUCCCUUUUCUCAUCAUACUAACAAGCUACACCCUAAUUUGGAAGACCCUGAAGAAGGCAUAUCAAAUUCAAAGAAAUAAGACCAGAAAUGAUGAUAUUUUUAAGAUGAUUGUGGCUAUAGUAUUUUUCUUCUUCUUCUCCUGGAUUCCUCACCAAGUAUUCACUUUUCUGGAUGUGUUAAUUCAAUUACAUGUAAUAACAGACUGCAAAAUCACUGAUAUUGUGGAUACAGCUAUGCCCUUCACUAUUUGCAUCGCUUACUUUAACAAUUGUUUGAAUCCUUUUUUUUAUGUUUUCUUUGGAAAAAACUUUAAAAAAUACUUCCUUCAGCUAAUAAAAUACAUUCCACCAAAUGUCAGCACACAUCCAAGUCUCACUACAAAAAUGAGCUCCCUCUCAUAUCGACCACCAGAAAAUAUACGCUUGCCCACUAAAAAGCCUGCUGGGUCUCUUGACACUGAGUGAUGUGUUACGCUGUACGCUUUUUAUCUGAACAAGGUUGCGAACGAAGCAGCAUGAAUGACAAAAUCCAUCUGCAGUCCCAGACAUCACAGCUUACUGCUCGUUAUAGAAAAAUUAAAUCACGUCAGCAAAAUCACACUACAAAGAUUUAGCAGUGGCCUUCUAUUUUACAUUGUGCAGAGGACUGCCUGAUUUUCACUUUGUUUUACUUUGUUGAAAGCAGCAUAAAUGGUAGGACAGGUGCAUCAGAGUUUGUCAGCAUUCUGCCAUUUACUCAAAACUACAGAUGAUCACUGAACUUAAAGGAAAAGCUUUUGUAAGCGACAUGAAUUACGAAGAAACUGUUUUGCACAUGUGAGCCAAGUUUCACCAAGUUUCGUUUCAGACCCUGAUGGAAAGACACUGCUUGGUUUGGGGUUUGUGGGUUUGUUGUUGUUAUUUUGGAGGUUGUUUGUUGUUCUUUUUUAAUAAGUCAUUUGUCAUUGUAUUUAUAACUUGUUUUUCAAAUAUAUACUUUAUCUACAGGCCCAAUUUUAAAUUGAAAUUGAAAUUUAAGGACCAUGACAUUGGUCUCAUUCUGAUUUAUGCUACUAUUUUCCAUUUUUAAAUAGCAAAAUUUCAUAAUAUAUGCAAUAAAAAUGCAGGUUUAUUUAUUAAAUAUAGAAUAAAUAUAUUUUUAGAUUUAUACUUCUAAUUAGAGAUUUCAAACAUUUCUUCAAAUACAUUUAUCCCAGUGGGUAUUUUUAUACUAGUAAUAUAUAUACAUAUAUAUAUCCACACAGACACACAAAUAGGGGUUCCUCACAUUUCUCCAUGGUAUGCCAUGCUGACUGAAGAACACUAUUUAUGGAAUGGGCUAACUCCAUGCUUUAUGCAGCUGUUUGAAAACAGAAGUUGUAGGACAGAAUUGAUCAGAAGCCUUCAAGCUAUUUUUGUAGAAUAACCAAAGUAAUCUAUGAGAGAACUACCAACUAAUGAGAUCCAUUCAGUGUUACAGAAUUCUUAGACAUUUAAGCUCAGACUCUGACAAAAGCAUUGUGAUGCUUUUAGUCAUAACACUAAACAAGCAGGACCAAACUUUGUCCUUAGCAUUUACUUUAUUGCUCUUCACUUAUCACAGAAUCACAGAAUUGUAGGGGUUGGAAGAGACCUCUAGAGAUCAUCAAGUCCAAUCCCCCUGCCAAAG